ACAACGUCAAGUCAAAAGGGUGGAUCGAAAUCGCCAUUUUCAUUUGAUGUCAGAUUUUCCGUGAAAUUUCCUAAUUUCUCGUGAAGUGUUGUAGUGAAAAUGUGUUGCAGUGCGUAGGUGAGUACUUGAGUGAGUGAUAGUGAUUAUUUGUGCAUUGCACUGCACCGCGAGAGCCAUGAAUUUGGGGGGAAGUGGUGGACCCAGCACCAGCAGUAGCAGCAGUGACAUGCCGGCCGAGGUGCGCCCCAAAGUGGUCACGGUGAAGCACCCAGAGUCCAAUAAGCCCAAACCCACCGCAAAGAAAGGCAAAGCUAUUCAAGCAGAUGUGGACGUAAUGAAAGAAUUUCAACGUUGUCGCGAUGACAACAUUAAACGACUGGAUCUUAGUAAGUCUUCAAUCACCACAAUCCCAGCCACAGUCAAAGAUUGUUCUAGUCUUGUGGAAUUUUACCUCUAUGGUAAUAAAAUCUCAUCGUUGCCACCCGAAAUUGGAUGUCUAUCAAACUUAAAGACAUUGGCUCUGAAUGAAAACAGCCUGACAUCACUUCCGGACUCCCUUCAAAACCUAAAACAACUUAAGGUGUUAGAUUUGCGUCACAAUAAACUAUCAGAGAUACCAGAUGUCAUCUACAAGCUAACCAGUCUCACUACACUCUACCUCCGAUUUAAUCGUAUACGGAUUGUCGGUGAUGCCAUCAGCAAUCUGACUAAUUUGACCAUGCUAAGUCUCCGUGAGAAUAAAAUCCGAGAGCUGUCCAAAGGCAUUGGGCAUCUCGUAAAUCUGACUACUCUAGAUGUUUCUCACAAUCACUUGGAGCAUUUACCUGAAGAGAUUGGUGCCUGUGUCAAUCUAAAUGCCCUGGAUCUGCAACACAACGAACUUCUUGAUAUACCAGAAAGUAUUGGUCAGUUGACAAAUUUGGCACGCUUGGGAUUACGAUACAAUCGCUUAACGUCAAUUCCUCAAUCAUUGAAAAGUUGCAAAUUUAUGGAUGAAUUUAAUGUUGAGGGAAAUAGUAUCUCCCAGCUUCCGGAUGGCCUACUGGCCAGCUUGAGCUCUCUCACCAGCAUUACACUGUCUCGUAACUCCUUCCAUAGUUAUCCAUGUGGUGGUCCGGCUCAGUUUACAAAUGUCACCAGCAUCAAUCUCGAGCACAAUCAAAUUGAUAAGAUUCCCUAUGGAAUCUUCAGUCGAGCGAAAGGUCUCACAAAGCUCAAUAUGAAGGAAAAUGUGCUCACAUCACUGCCACUGGACAUUGGAACGUGGAUACAUAUGGUGGAGUUGAAUUUGGGUACAAAUUCAUUGACAAAACUUCCUGAUGAUAUUCACUGCUUGCAAAAUCUUGAAAUUCUUAUUCUAUCAAACAAUAUGUUAAAGAAAAUACCUAAUACCAUUGGAAGCUUGAGAAAGCUGCGAGUGUUGGAUCUCGAAGAGAAUCGCAUUGAGUCGCUGCCUAGUGAAAUAGGUCUGUUGCAUGAUCUCCAGAAGCUCAUACUCCAAUCUAAUCAUAUUCAGACACUGCCACGGACCAUUGGACAUCUCACGAGUCUCACAUAUUUGUCUGUGGGAGAGAAUAAUUUACAAUUCCUUCCAGAAGAGAUUGGCACUCUUGAGAAUCUCGAGAGUCUCUACAUUAAUGACAAUGUGGCUCUAGUUAAAUUGCCAUAUGAACUGGCCCUGUGUCAGAAUCUCGCCAUCAUGAGCAUCGAAAACUGUCCAUUGAGUGCCAUACCACCUGAAGUGGUGGCCGGUGGUCCAUCCCUGGUCAUUCAAUACCUUAAACUUCACUCGCCAUAUCGACAAAUGUGAUUUCAUUCCGAAAAAUUCACCACCUUACCCCAAAUGCCAGAUAUCUUCCUUCGCAUUCUUCUCUCUCUGCAACGAAUGAAACGCAAAUAUGCCCUUGCAAAUUAAAAGAAAAAAACAUACAUAGAUUUAAAUAUCAAAAACUAAGGGCAAAAUAAUCGACAGAGAGAUCUCAGAGAUUGUAAACCACAAAGCACAAAAUAUCUAAACGUGGAAACACGUAAACAGAGCUGUUUAUUUUUUUAAUAUUAGAAAAAGAAAAAAAAACAAGACGAAUUGUAUAAAAGAAAAUCUUAUAUACCAAAAAAAAAUUAUUUCUCAGCAUAAAUAUAUAUUUUUAUAGAGAAAAAAAGUUUGUGUCGCAACAAAAGAAAAGAAAGAAUGGAACAAUGACCAGAGAAGUUUUCAAUUAAACUGAAAAUAUUGGCCCAGAAUUGAUCUAGCCGGACAAAUAGUUGACAUAGUAUUGGAAGUCCAUUUGGAAACCACUGAAAAAAUUAUAUAGUGAAUAUUCAUUAGUAAAUAAUUGUUGAUAGUUACAUAUUUGUGAAUCAAGCUUAAUGGAUAAAUCCAGUGACAUAAUUUUGAAAGAAAAAAGAGGAAAAAAAUUAAAUAUACUAAUCAUCAUGUGUGAUUUACCAAUAGCUUUAAUAAUGCUUGAACACGAAGGAAAGAUAAACCAUUUAUAUUGGUUAGUUUAAUGAACGCCAAAAAAAAGCAUUGUUGACAGAAAAAGGCAUAGAUCAGACUCCACUAAAUUAUGCACCUUGAUUAUAGCAUAAUAAAGCUUCAUAGGAUAAAAGGAUACUAACUAAUGUGACUCAAUGAAUAUGAGUUGACUAAAUACAACAAAAUUUCUUCAAAACGAAACGAUCAGUAGCCGAUGGAAAUAUGGAAAAAAAGCUGAAGAGAAUUUGCGAUUAUUAUGCCGCACAAAUACCAGCUUACUUUUGAAAUUUCCAUCUACAAAUUAUUGGGAUUUUCUUCUGAGCUUCACAUUUUGUAUUUAUACAUCACUUAAAUUCUAUUUUUAUUUUAUCUAUGUAAACAAAUUACGUUGAUUAUUAUUUCAAUUAUGUGCUCUGUAUGCAAGAAUGAACAAUUUAAUGGAAAGAAGAGGCAAUGAAGAAAGUGUAUGACAAAUACCACUAAUUUACACAACAGAAGAACCACACAAAAAUUUUACAUUUAAAUAUCACAACUUAUUAUUUAUGAAAAAACGCUGUGUCUUCAGGUUAUCCUUAAUUUAAUAAUUUAUUUUUGUAAUACAAUAAUGCCAUGUUCUUUUUAUAGGAGUAAGAUAGCCAAAGAGAGAUAUACUAAACAUUAGCUUAAAGAAUUUAAAAAAAAAAAAUUUAAUUCAUUUGAAAUUGAAUUUCCUUACAUAGAGGUAAAAAAAUCAUAUAUUUUAAAUAAUAUUUUGCCUUUGAUGUUUUGUUUAUAUAUUGAAAAAAUAAAUAAAUAUUAACAUGACUUUCCGAAUUAAUGCCCAACGUACAAUAACUUUUGUUUAGUAAACAUAUGUUCAAAAUUUCCCAUGGGAAUGUGCGAAAUGACUAGAUCUAGAUCUCACUCUCAUUGGAAUGUCAAAAACAUGUUUACUAAACAACAUUUAUUGUGUGUUGGGCAUUAUGCCCAACGCACAAUAACUUGUUUAAUAAACAUGGUUUUAACUUUUCUAUGAGAGUGAGUGAGAUAUAGAUCUAGUCAUCUCGCUCAUUCUCAUGGGAAAUUUUGAAAACAUGUUUACAAACAAAAAUUAUUGUGCGCUUGGCAUUAUACUCUCAUUAGUAUUUAUUUUUGACACGCAUUUCUGUGACAAUUUCUGUGAAAUAUCUAUUUCUAAUAUAUUUUCUCACUUUACGUCUUCAUUUUUCAAAAUAAUAUUCUAUAGUAAAUAUAGCAUUAUGUAAUAGAGAAUUUAUAGGAUACUGCUAUUUAUUCGUACGAUAUAAUUAAAGAAAACUUCAUAAGAUUAAAUAGAAAUAACUACACAUAAAUACAUGAACAAAAAUACACGAAAAAUAGAAAUGAGAUGAAGAAAGGAAAAAAAACAAUGAAAUUUAUUAAGAGAAGUAAAAAGGGCGAGAGAGAAAAAAAAUGUUAGAUUUAAUUUAUCACAAAAUCUAUGUGAUAGCCUCAUAUUGAGAUGGUUUUCAUUAAUGAAGAAAUCUGUAAAGUUAUAUUGUUGUAUUGAUACAAUAUCUAAAAUGUAUUUUAAAUUAAUCGAUCAAAUGAGAAGGUACACGGUGGCAUUACACGUAAAACAAAAGAAAAAUUAAAAAAAAAUCAAAACAUAAAUACUGUCACAAAGAUUUGAAUAUUUUAUUAACACGAAUUCACAAAAUUUCCAAUUAUCCAAAAUUAAUUAAAUGAAACACUCUUCUUCAUUGAAGACUUUUAUUUACUCACGUAUUCAAAUAAACGAACAUGGCACUAAUAUCAUUGAUAAUUGCAAUUAUGUAUUUUCUAUAAUCUCACCAUUUUUUGUGAUCAAUUUCUAUAAAUUUCGCAUUCUAUCUCUUUUUAUAUAUUUAGCAAGUUUUAUUAUAUCUUACAUUGUAUCAAAAGAAUAUAAUUCCUAGAGAGAUUUAUAAAGUUUUAUUAUUCUCCUGAACAAGUUACAAUUGAAGAUUAAGAUUGAAGAAAAAAUAUAUAUUUGAGAAUACACAGUAGUUCAUAGAUUGUAGAAAAAAAAAUAUCCCUUAAAUGUAAUAAUAUUAAGAAAAAAAAUUUAUUGUACUAAAGAAAGAGGAAAGGAUUUAAAUAAGAUGAACAAAAACAAAGCGCACAUGAUAAGAGAAAUUCCCAAAUUUAUUAAGAAAAAUUUACCACGAAGAUCUUAUCGGAAUUAAUACAAACUCUCAAAAUUAUAAGAUUUGACACUUUUAAUCCUUAAAGAGAUGAAUAUUAAAUAAAAAGAAUGUUGCAUUUUAAUGUGUAAAAUUGUAAUUCCACCUUUAAAAAAUACAGUCGUAGAUCAAUCAUUGUAGUGGGUGAGUGGGGUUAGUAAAUAAUAAAAAAAAAACAAGAGCUUAUGCUAUAGUAAAAAUGAUCAAGAAAAUAGUAGUGGAUACACAGAAGAGUAUUCAGAAAAAAAUGAAAUAAGAUUUAGUGGGGAUAACUUAAAAUAUUACUUGAGAAAAAGGAGAGCAUUUAGUGCAGAUUUCAUGCGAUAAUAUAAGAUUUUCUUCUAUUUAUUGGGAGAGAGACUGUAGUUUGAAAGAUUCCCGUUGUUGAAUAUAUUAAAAAAAAAAACAAAUCCGUAUUUUUAGGAUUAUAAGAUGAAUAUGUAUGAAAAAAUGAAGUAUUUUCAAAAUACACUGUGUUACUUUAAUUGAGAGUUUCGUUGUGAGUGAUCGCAUGUUUGUAUGUAAUCGAAAAUAUAUAUUCAUUUCUUAUUAAUUGAACAUAAUUUGAAUUAGGAAAAUAAUUGAGUAGGAAUAAACUUCAGGGAUUGAUGGAAAUGAAACUCAAAAAUUAAAAUUUGUGUAAUGUUUGAUUGUAAAAGAUUUAAAAAGAAUAUGUAAAUGUAAAAUUGGCAAUUCCAAAUUUGAUAAAUAUAUGUGUAGUCAAUGUAAAA